UUACCGGGAUGAAAGGUCCGGUGCAAUGGUGUCGGUGUGGUAAAGACCAGCUCAAGUAAGUUGGGCCGGCAAAUCGCGAGGCGGCAGGGCGGUAAGGCCGCAGGCUUGAAGGGGAGAAUGGAAACAUGGUGCAAGCCAACCCAGCUAUGCGGGACACAGUUCUGGAAAGGAAAUGCGGUCAACCCGGGUCUUCAGAAACGCGUCAGGCUUCGUAUUCCAUCCACUCAGCAACGCAAAGGGAUAAUUUGUGAUAAGGUUAAAGUAGAAGCAGAAUCCAAGGCCUUCGAAAACCAGAAUUUAACACACGAAAGGAGACCAUCCGAAUCACUAUAUAUCUGAUUGUUCAAGAUGCACUGCCUCUCCAAGUCUCCGCUGCGAUGGUUCAGCUGCCCCUUUUACGGGCACAGGAAGGCAUGAAUGACAGAGGCUGUGUGCAGGGAAAAGGCCAGCUUCAAAGCAGGAGCAAGAGGAUAUCUAGGAGUCUGGCUUGUUCAGCUGGCGGGGGUGUAGCUGAACGACCCAAUCACGUACCGAAGCACAGUAGCACAGCUGCCUUCGAGUCGUGUCUGGCAACGGUGGCACCUCAUAGAGGGAUGAAAGAGAAGGCUAAGCCUACGGGGCAGGACCGAGAAACUUUGAAGUACCGAAU